UGCAUUUCUCAUCUCCCCAAUCAAUUCGCUCAUAACAUCUCCAUCAACUCAGGCGCUGGCUCUCUCCUCCUCUCUUCAUCACCACUGCCAGCUUGCCCGCCAUGUUGCGAGCAGGCGGAAGCUCCAAGUGGCAAGAGGACGUGCAGGACGUCGGCGACCCCUCGGACUGGCUGGGUGGAUCUUACGCCUUUCUCAAGGAGCUCGAUGGCACUUUGAGAUGCGAAAUUUGCUCAGACAUCCUCCGCGCUCCCGUCUCGAUCAAGAAGUGUUCUCACGUCUUCUGUUCGACCUGCAUUCGCGAUUACAUCAAUCAGCCGUCCGCUCCCGGAGCGCCGACUGAGCGGCCAUGUCCAAACUGUCGACAGCCAAAGGUGUACGACUCGGAGCUGGUGCCCAUGCCGCAGCUGGAGAUGGCCGCGGAAGCCUGGAGAGGCGCGAGGGCUCAUCUGCAGCGCAAGGAUACCGAACAGAGGGCGGCAGCGGCUCGUGUACCAGAAGCAGGCCCUUCUGAACCACCACCGCCCCCGGCCUCGUCGAGCAACGGCAAGAAGAGACGCAUAGACGACGAAGCUGCGAACACUUCUACGACUCGGGUGACCCGCAGCUCCUCCUCGAGAGCAGCUCGAAAGGAUCGUGCAACCUCGCAAAGCGACGCUAUUGAGAUUGACGAUGAUAGCGACGAGGACUGGAGCCCAGCGAGGGAGACGGCUUCACCGGCGAAGAAUGGUGCGAACGGCAAGAGUGGGACACGGCCGAAGGACAAGGAGCAGGAGAUGGCGCCGUCCUCCGUCGUACAAUGUCCCAUGUGUACGCACGACUUCACACUCUCGGCCCUCAAUCGGCACCUUGAUACACCCGGAGCCUGCAAAGGGCCAGACGGGCCACCGCCGAGCGAUAAAGAGCGUGGCUUGGCCGCCAUGCCCGCUGGUAGUACAAAGAGCUUCGGCGGCUGGUUCUCUCGCAACGGCACUGGCCCUCCUUCUAAAUCCUCAUCCUCCUCGCCCUCGUCACUGGAUAACGCCACCAAGUUGAAGCGUCCGCAAUACCAGCUUCUCGCUGAGAAGGCCCUACGGCGUCUCUGCGAGGAUGCCGGGCUCUCCACCUCGGGAGGGAAAGCCACCUUAGAGGCGCGACAUCGUCACUGGGUUGAUCGAUACAAUGCGAAUUUGGAUUCUGCGCCGAAGUACAGGAAAGGUCUGGGCACGCUUCGACGAGAGCUGGGCGAAUGGGACAGAGAGCGGGACAGGGAGGAGAAAAGGGCCAAGGCUGGGGUGGGAGCAGGAUCAGGGAGAAGCAAUGGGGCUGCGUCGAACGGUGCAGGCUCGGUGGGCGCGAGUGAGGAAGAGAGGCGAGCGUACGCUGCGCAGCAUAAGGACCAUUUCAGGGAGCUGGUAGCUAUGAGCCGCCAAUCUGCUUUCAAGCAGCAGGGGAAAGGUACCCCGCCUGCGGCUACUAGAGAGGAGCAGGCUGAUCGCAAAGAGGACGAUGGCGAGGAAGGAGAAGAGGCCAAGCAGCGAGAGGAGAAAGCGCCAGCGAUAGAGCCUGUUGAAGCUGUAGCCAAGGAAGGGCCACCCGCCAAGCCCAACGGCCUCGCAGAGCUCGACGAGGGGGAGUUCUUUGGAGGCGAAAGUUGGGAGAAGGAUCUCGAGGAGUCAUGAGGGGAGCAAGCAGCACAUCACAUUGUACCAUUAGCAUCUGUCCCUCAAACACAUCACAUCAUUGCUGGAAG